AUGGCGAGGUCCCCAGAAAAUGGUGUAAAGAAGGGGCCAUGGUCGAUUGAGGAAGACAAAAAAUUGAUUGAAUAUAUUGAAAAGCAUGGCCAGGGAAACUGGCAGACUCUUCCCAAGCAAGCAGGCUUAAAUAGGUGCGGCAAGAGUUGCAGGCUAAGAUGGACCAAUUACCUGAGGCCUGGUAUCAAGAGAGGAGGCUUCUCAGCUGAAGACGAAGCGACCAUCACAGCCCUCCAUAAACAACUGGGAAACAAGUGGUCAAGAAUUGCAGCUCACCUUCCUAGACGAACUGACAAUGAAAUCAAGAAUUUUUGGAACACGCAUUUGAAGAAGAAGCUGCUAAGGAAGGGCAUUGACCCGACAACUCACAAGCCAAUUCCUGAUUUUAAUCUCCUCAAUCUUUCUCAGACUCAGCUCUCAUCAGUUUCGAAUCUGUACAAUGUCAUCAGUCCUUUGGAUACUGCUCUUAACUUUCAAGCAAGUGCUAAUGACUUGAUCAAGUUCCAACUCCUCCAAAACAUGAUGCAAGCUAUAAAUCCAAAUCCUCUUCCAUAUGUUCAGGGAAACACCAACUUGGCAGAUCUUAUCCAACUUAACCGGAUUUUCAAUGGGGCAAACACCGACUUCACUGUUGAUCCCUUACAAGCACAGUCCAUGACUGCAAAUUUCUGCAAUAUUUCUCCACUACUGAAUCAACAACAGACUUCCACUUCACAUUCUUUGCAAUGCUCAGAUGGUGAAAUGAUUCCAGGUCCCAUUCGUGAUGACAACGUUAAAGUCCCCAGCAACGUGUAUAACUCAGAAUAUUCUCUUCCAUCAUUAUUUUCAGCAACCCCUGAAAGCUCCGUUGUGAACCCACUUGAAAACUUCAUGCACACUUCCAUACUCGCAGAAGCACCUGAACAGUCCAAUGUCUUCGAUGCUUUGGAAAGUCUCGUGGAUGAUGAAGCCAGCAGUUCGUUCUGGAAAGACAUUUUGGGAUGAGUUUUCUUCCCAGUCUUGCAACUGAAGGUUUCAGAGUAAAUAAACAUACCACCAAGUGGUAAUACAAAUUAUGCAUGUUAGAUAAAGUCUUCUCGUGCUUCCGUUUGCCUGUUGGGAACUUGGUCGGGAGCAGAACCACCAGGCAGGGUGGUCGAGAAUUAUUCCCCUAUUAACUUUGGCUCAGAGGAGCCAAAAUCUCGUGAAAAUCCUACUUAUUUAUGGAGUCAUCUCCAAAUUUGUUGCAGCAUCAUGCCACCAUGGAUGAUAAUGUUCUUCUAUGGCACCAUGAGGUGUGUCUGCCUAUGUAAAAAUACACCUGACUACUACGUGUAUAUCAUUGUUCGUGAAUAUAGAUUCGGUUCCUUAUAGAAAGUGAUUACUGCAGAGUUGUUCUUCAUUCAGGACAGUCUUAAACUUCGUGAAUAUUUAAGCCUGAAUGCAUCUAUAGUUGGUAAUAAGAUAAAUUUUCCUU